AUGCGCGAUGGUUCGUGCUUCGCUGACGUGUCAAGCUCGGGGUCUUUACCCCCUGCUGCGACAGUGGACGUUGCCAUGUUCAACGAUGUUCUCUUCCCUCAGAAUGUCUUCCAAUGA